AUGGCAGAGCCGCCUUUACGCUUCGCCAUCGUUGCCCGGUGUUCGACAACACGUGCACGGGCUUCCUUGAUGCAUCUUCCACACGGAACAGUUAAGCUGCCUGUAUUCAUGCCUGUUGGUACGCAGGGAACCAUGAAGGGACUCACUGCCGACCAAUUGCGGGAGCUUGAUUGCGAAAUCCUGCUGUCCAAUACAUACCACCUUGGGAAUAGACCAGGCGUUGAUAUUCUUUCUGCUCAAGGUGGACUCCAUAAAUUCAUGGACUGGGAUCGGGCCAUUUUAACAGAUUCUGGCGGCUUCCAGAUGGUUUCCUUACAAAAGCUAUCCACCGUGAGCGAGGAAGGCGUGACCUUUGAGUCCCCUCACGACGGAAGCAUGAUGCUACUACGCCCAGAGGACUCGAUUGCCAUCCAGCGGGAAAUUGGCUCAGACAUCGUUAUGCAACUUGAUGAUGUAGUGAACCCGCUGUCCCCGCCUGCACGUCUUCAAGAGGCAAUGGAGCGCUCCAUCCACUGGCUUGACCGUGCUAUCGCCUCCAUGAAACAAAAUGAAGCUUCAAAUGUGGAACAAGUUUCUUUAGCAAACGCGCCGCCUGGAAAAAAGAUGAUCCCGGUCGUUGAAGCGCUUUCCUCGCAAAAGGCCGUCCCAGCACGUCAGACGCUCUUUCCCAUCAUACAAGGCGGCUUGGAUCUCACUCGUCGCGAUCACUGUAUUACAGAAAUGAAGAAAAGAUCUACACUUGGAUAUGCUAUUGGUGGCCUUGGAGGCGGAGAGGCGAAAAGCGAUUUUACGGCCAUGAUUCGGUUCUGUACAAAAGAGCUGGAGGGAGACGGCAGUUGCCCCUCAACCCCGAUAUAUUGCAUGGGUAUUGGAUAUGAUCUCGAUUUGCUGAUUUGCGUGGCACUUGGUGUUGAUAUGUUUGACUGCGUCUUUCCAACACGUACAGCAAGGUUUGGCCAUGCUCUGCACCCUUGCGGAGAUAUCUCGCUUAAAAAGGCAAUGUAUGCCCAGGAUUUGCGACCCAUCGAUUCGGAAUGCACAUGCCUCACUUGCCGAAACUAUACCAGAGCAGCCCUACAUGGGAUCGUCGGGAAAGAGACGACAGGCUGCCACCUGCUUUCAAUGCACAACAUUGCAUACAUGUUGCGAUUUUCACGGGCUAUGCGCGAUGCCAUAAUAGCAGACAAAUUCCCCGCAUACAUCAAAUCAUUUCUGCGUCGACGCUUCAUCGAAAAUGAGGAGCAGCUCGCCGAUAAAGAAGCGAUUGUGCCCGAGUGGAUUAUCGAUGCUCUUGCAAGUAUUGGCCUUGUCAUCGAUCCUAGAAUGGCAGAAUAG